UGAGAAGAAUGCUCCUUACAUUGGUGGUCAGUGGGAAGAAUGUUUCUUACAUUGAUGGUCAGUGGGAAGAAUGGUUCCUUCUAUUGGUGGUCAGUGAGAAGAAUGUCUCUUACAUUGAUGGUCAGUGGGAAGAAUGGUUCCUUCUAUUGGUGGGUCAGUGGGAAGAAUGUUCCUUACACUGGUGGUCAGUGGAAAGAAUGUUCCUUCUAUUGGUGGUCAGUGGAAAGAAUGUUCCUUCUAUUGGUGGUCAGUGAGAAGAAUGCUCCUUACAUUGUUAACCAGUAGGAAGAAUGUUCCUUUUAUUGGUGGUCAGUGGGAAUAAUGCUCCUUACAUUGGUGGUCAGUGAGAAGAAAGUCCCAUACAUUGGUGGUCAGUGGGAAAAAAGUCCCUUUACAGUUGUGUUCAG